UGGAUCCCCGCACUCUCUGAGAGUCUCGCACACACAUGUCGACCCUAAAAGAGAUCCUAACCCGGCGGCCCGUUGCGGCGACAAUACGGCUCACAGUCCCGGCCGGCGGGGCGCGCCCCGCACCACCGGUGGGACCUGCGCUGGGGCAGUAUCGGCUGAACCUGAUGGCGUUCUGCAAGGACUUCAACGCACGAACCCAGAAGUACAAGCCCGACACGCCCAUGGCCGUGACCAUCACAGCCUUCAAGGACAACACCUUCGAGUUCACAGUCAAGUCCCCCUCCGUAACGUGGUACCUCAAGAAGGCCGCUGGGGUCGAGUCCGGCAGUAGCCGGCCUAGCCACGAGGUGGCCUCCACCAUCACGCUUAAGCACGUCUACGAGAUCGCCAAGGUCAAGCAGUCCGAUCCCUAUUGCCAGUACAUGCCCUUGGAGUCUAUUUGCAAGUCCGUCAUUGGGACCGCCAACACUAUGGGGAUUAAGGUUGUCAAGGAAUUGGAUUGACAACGUUAAAGUUCUGUUCUUUUGAUGGGGUUUGUCAGUCCCUUGUCUUUUCAAUUUUUGUUUAAAAAUUAGCUUGAAGUUGUGGUGAUGGACUUGUGGGUUGUUGUAGUUGCCUUAAAUUGUUGUAAUUUGAAUUUUGUGCUAAUGAGUAUUAGGGUCUUGCACGAUUUCUUGAUAAUAAGAAAUGGAAGCACUUACUUGGAUAUGAAACAACAAUGAUUGGCUCAGAAAUGAAAACCUUUACCAUUUUUUUU